CCAGGGGAGCCGGAACUCCCUUCACGCGGCCAUUCCCUGACAGCUGCAAGCUCUCUUCUUGGCUCCAGUACGAAUUCCCUGCUACACCCCAGCCUCAGGUUCCGAAUAAACUGAAUUCCUCUGCUUGUACGGAACUGGCCGACCUUUCAAGAUGGCGGCUCCCACUGAGACACAGCGCUUGGGGGCGGCCAUAUUGCCUCCUGAACAAAGCCGCUCAGGGUGUGGAGCGGCCAAAAUGCCCGAUUUAUUUUGACAAAGCCUGGGAUACCCUAUAUGAAACAGUCUUCCUAUCAUGAGAGGACUCACUUCCUCUAAAUGAGUUCAGCCCAUGUCUGCAUGACCCAUCCUGGGACUGAGAAGAUUACCAGGGUGGCCUGUUAUCCACGUGACUUUUGGUGGUAGUGUUUCUAGACUGGUGAAUGUCAGUUCUGGCUCCAGGAGGCUCCAUUCUAUCUCCUAGUCCUGAUUCCUCAGACCUUUUCCCUUUUGGAAGAGAAGCAGAAGAUGACCAAGUCUCAGGGUCCAGUGUCAUUCGAGGAUGUGGCUAUAGAUUUCACCCAGGAGGAAUGGCAGCAACUGGACCCUGCUCAGAGGACCCUGUACAGGGACGUAAUGCUGGAGAACUACAGCCACCUGGUCUCAGUGGGGUAUCCAGUUUCCAAACCAGGUGUCAUAUCUAAGUUGGAACAAGGAGAAGAGCCAUGGAUUAUGAAGAGAGACAUAUCAAAUUGGAUCUAUCCAGACAGGGAGACUAGACUUGACACACAUCAAUUGGAUACACUUGGAGAUGUUUACUUUCAUAAGGACAUACUGGAAAGUGUCACAAGGGAUCAUUCAUUGUACUCCGUUUUAAAGGUCUGGCAAGGCGACCAGCUGGAGAGAGAUCAGGAAAAUCAAGACAGACUUCUCAGGCAAGUCACAAUCAUCAACAACAAAACAGUUAUUGAAGAGUCAAGCUAUACAUAUAAUGCAUUUGGAAAAAUAUUUCAUAACUGCACAGACCUAGAUACUUCAAGACAAAGACUGUAUAAAUGUGAUUCAUUUGAAAAGAGCUUGGAACCUACUGUAAACCUAUUCAGUUGUAAUAGGGGUUAUGCAAGAAAAAACACAGAUGAGAAUUUUGGAUGUGGGAGAACACCUAGUUCUUCCUAUUCUAAGCAUGAAAAAAUUCAUAAUAGAGUGAAACACUGUGCAGGUAGUCAGUAUGGAAACAUCAUCAGCGAUAAACAAUCUCUUAUUCAAUAUGUGAAUGUUGAAACUGGGGAGAAGAUCUGUGUAUGUAUUGAAUGUGGAAAAUCUUUUCUCAAGAAGUCACAGCUCAUUAUACAUCAAAGAAUUCAUACUGGAGAGAAACCUUAUGGUUGUAGUGCUUGUGGAAAAGCCUUCAGUGAGAAAUCACAUCUCAUUGUACAUCAGAGGACACAUACUGGGGAGAAACCUUACGAAUGUUCUGAGUGUGGAAAAGCCUUCUCUCAAAAAUCAUCCCUCAUUAUCCAUCAGAGAGUUCAUUCUGGUGAAAAACCAUAUGAGUGUAGUGACUGUGGGAAAGCCUUCUCCCAGAAAUCACCCCUCAUUAUACAUCAAAGAAUACAUACUGGUGAAAAGCCAUAUAAAUGUAAUCAGUGUAGGAAGGCCUUCUCCCAGAAGUCACAACUGAUUAUACAUCAUAGAGCUCAUACUGGAGAGAAGCCCUAUGAGUGUACUGAAUGUGGAAAAGCCUUCUGUGAGAAGUCCCACCUCAUCAUACAUAAAAGGAUUCACACAGGGGAGAAACCCUACAAAUGUGCUCAGUGUGAGGAAGCCUUCAGCAGAAAGUCAGAACUCAUUAUACAUCAGAUAAUUCAUACUGGGGAGAAACCUUAUGAAUGUACUGCAUGUGGGAAGACCUUCUCCCGGAAGUCACAGCUCAUUAUACAUCAGAGAACGCAUACUGGAGAAAAGCCCUAUAAAUGCAGUGAAUGUGGAAAAGCCUUCUGUCAGCAGUCACAUCUCAUUGGACAUCAGAGGAUUCACACAGGAGAAAAACCUUAUGUUUGUACUGAAUGUGGGAAAGCCUUCUCUCAAAAGUCUCACCUCCCAGGACAUCAGCGGAUUCAUACAGGAGAGAAACCUUAUAUAUGUGUUGAAUGUGGCAAGGCAUUUUCCCAGAAGUCAGACCUUGUUGUACAUCAGAGAAUUCAUACUGGGGAGAAACCUUAUCAAUGUGCUGUAUGUGGAAAAGCCUUCAUCCAGAAAUCACAACUCACUGUACAUCAGAGAAUUCAUAUAGUGGUGAAAUCAUAAGAAUGGACUAAGCAUAGAAAAGCCUUCAGUAUCUGUUCAAGCCUUAAUAAGUACAACAAAACUCACAGAUUUAAUAAAACCUGUGUAUGUAUUACAUGUGGAAAAGCCUUUGCUAAGAAGUCACAGCUCAUUGUACAUCAACGAAUUCAUACUGGGAAGAAACCAUACAAUUGUGGUGCAUGUGGGAAAGCUUUCAGUGAGAAGUUUCACCUUAUUGUACAUCAAAGAAUUCAUACUGGGGAGAAACCUUAUGAAUGUUCUGAAUGUGGAAAAGCCUUCUCUCAAAAAUCAUCCCUCAUUAUACAUCAAAGAGUUCAUACUGGGGAAAAACCAUAUGAAUGUAGUGACUGUGGGAAAGCCUUCUCCCAGAAAUCACCCCUCAUUAUACAUCAGAGAAUUCACACUGGAGAGAAACCUUAUGAAUGUAGAGAGUGUGGUAAGGCCUUCUCCCAGAAGUCACAGCUAAUUAUACAUCAUAGAGCUCAUACUGGAGAGAAGCCCUAUGAGUGUACUGAAUGUGGAAAAGCCUUCUGUGAGAAGUCCCACCUCAUCAUACAUAAAAGGAUUCACACUGGAGAGAAACCCUACAAAUGUGCUCAAUGUGAGGAAGCCUUCAGCAGGAAGACAGAACUCAUUACACACCAGUUAAUUCAUACUGGGGAGAAACCUUACGAAUGUACUGCAUGUGGGAAGACCUUCUCCCGGAAGUCACAGCUCAUUAUACAUCAGAGAACGCAUACUGGAGAAAAGCCCUAUAAAUGCAGUGAAUGUGGAAAAGCCUUCUGUCAGAAAUCACAUCUCAUUGGACAUCAGAGGAUUCACACAGGAGAAAAACCUUACGUUUGUACUGAAUGUGGAAAAGCCUUCUCUCAAAAGUCUCACCUCCCAGGGCAUCAGCGGAUUCAUACAGGAGAGAAACCUUAUAUAUGUGUUGAAUGUGGCAAGGCAUUUUCUCAGAAGUCAGACCUUGUUUUACAUCAGAGAAUUCAUACAGGGGAAAGACCUUAUCAGUGUGCUGUAUGUGGGAAAGCCUUCAUCCAGAAAUCACAACUCACUGUACAUCAGAGAAUUCACAGCAGUGGUAAAAUCAUAAUAAACUAAAAACACAGACAAGCUUUCAGUAUUAGCUCAAGCCUUAAUAAACAACAGAAACGUGAUUAAUUUCAUAAAUUUGUGGACAACAUCUUUAUAGAGAAAAUUUUACAAGAGAAUUCGUGUCUGUAGUGUGGUGAUACCUAACUCAGCAAAGAUGAUGGGAAAUGAUUACAUAAAUGAAGGACAUUUCACCAUGGCAUGUAAAGCUUUUAAAGUCAUGAACUGAAUGGUCAGUAGAACAAAUUAUGUAUAUAGAAUAUUGUCGAAUUACAUAUUCCUUAUUAUACCAUAACAAUAAACACAUUGUGAAAUUGCUAA